ACAGUUCCUCGUUGCUCCUGGUUCUUGUAACGCAGACAAUAAAUCUGAAGAUGCCCAGAAGGAGAUACGCUCACUUUUUAAUUGUUGGGGUGACAUUUAUUUUAUGUCUUACAUUUUCGAAAUCAGAUGGGACACUAGGGAAGCGUGCAACCCAUAAAAGAGUGCAGGAUAUACAGAGGGAAACGGCGAGCAGGUACUACCACGGAACCGUAAAUUAUCAAGUUUAUCACACUCAGUGGAGGACGACGACUUCAAAACCCACGUUGAAACAGAAACAGUCCCGUUUCAAGGGACAGAAACAUUGGAAGCACGGAGCUAAUAUGACGAUUUAUUUAAAUGGGCCCAACAUUUGUGGAGACAGGUGUUGCCUCGGAUGGACCAUUUCAUCCAAAACUCAAAAAUGCACCAAGCCAAGGUGUCUUCCUCGCUGCCACAAUAGAGCGGUGUGCAGGCAGCCAAACAUCUGUGAGUGCCGGCCUGGUUUCUCCGGGGCUCGCUGUGAGUUUGCCAGCGUGAGCUAUGGCCUGGUAGGCCAUCCCGGGCCCUUCCUGCGCCCCACCAGCCCCAUGUUCAGAACCCCCACCCUCCCACCAAGUACCCCCGUCUCACCUUCCUCCACCACCUUGCCAACCAGCCUCACCCUCCAACCAAGUACCCCCGUCUCACCUUCCUCCACUACCCUGCCAACCAGCCUCACCCUCCAACCAAGUACCCCCGUCUCACCUUCCUCCACCACCCUGCCAACCAGCCUCACCCUCCAACCAAGUACCCCCGUCUCACCUUCCUCCACUACCUUGCCAACCAGCCUCACCCUCCAACCAAGUACCCCCGUCUCACCUUCCCCAACCACCCUAGUUCCAUCUGAGACUUUAGCUGCAUGGAAGACAUCAGCCAGCGCCACAAAGCCUGAGACCAGGACCCAUUACACAGGACGCGGGCAGCCUCUCAUUCUGAAGGAGAGCCAGUCAUUGCUGCUGAAGAAGGCCUUGGCCCGGAGUGGACAUGGUGACAAGAUGACCACCAUCCUGAUGAAAUACAUUGAGGCAGAGAGCAAGAAGCUCCGUUCAGCCUCAUCACUGUCAGGCAGCCAGACCACCAGUGUCAAACACUUCCACACCCAGAAGGGCCAGUACACUGUUCACUUCAAAACAUACGCAGCCAGCAACCAGACCACCGGCCUCCGAGAAGCAACGGGCAUCGGGGGAGGGAGAGGGGCCGAGCGCAUCAAGGUCCUCUUCACGCCAACCAUCUGCAAGGUGCGCUGUACCAAUGGACGCUGCACAAACUUCUGUGAGCGGGGCAACAUGACCACGCUCUACAACAGCGACCAGGGCCAGGCUUCUCUGGGGCCAGGCUUCAGAGUCUUCCUUUGCCCCAUGUUGUGUCAGAAUGGAGGGGUCUGCAUCCAGAAGGACCGCUGCCUCUGUCCUCCCACCUUCACCGGCAAGUUCUGCCACAUCCCAGUGGCCACGCCCUCCACUAAUGACAUCGAGAAGCCGCCACCCAGCCCAUCUGUCUUGGCCACUCAGCAGCUGCUGACCCAGUCGGAGUACCUUCUCCCCCUGCACAGUCAACAGCAGAGCCAUGGUGUGUCUGGCUCAUCCAUGGUGAAGGUACGGGUGCGGCACCCCCCAGAGGCCAGUGUGAAGAUCCACCAGGUGCUGAAGGUGGGCUACGGGCCAGGCACGGACCGCGAGCAGCCGGAGACUGUCACCAGGUCCGCGGGCCUCUCCGGGGCCAGAGCGGGUCUUUUGCCGGGGGAGAGGGCUGAGGCCCCACCGCCGAAAGCCAGUGUCCAGGCCCAAACCCUCCGCGGUGACUCCAUCCACACAGAGGCCUCUGGGUUCAAGUACUGCUUCAGGGAGGUCCGUAACGGCCAGUGCAGCUCCCCCCUCCCAGGACUCAGGAGUCAGGACACCUGCUGCAGAGGGAUUGGGCUGGCCUGGGGCAUUAACCAGUGUGUCCUGUGCCCCGCCAACACAGGAGGUGGAGUCAAUGGGAGCUGUCCAGCGGGAUUUAACAGGAUCAACGGCACCCAGUGUGUUGAUGUUAAUGAGUGUUUGCAGCCUGGCUUCUGUGAAAAUGGAAAUUGUGUGAACACUCGGGGGAGCUACAGUUGUGUCUGCAGGCAGGGGUACAUACUGGACGCCUCGCACGGGAUCUGUGUCUCCCACAAGGUGAUAUCUGAGGAUAAGGGUCAGUGCUAUCGCAUCCUGACCUCCGGCUCCGGCCCUGGGAGUUGCUCUGUGCCCAUCCUAAGGAACAUCACCAAGCAGAUCUGCUGCUGCAGCCGUGUGGGAAAGGCCUGGGGCAAGACCUGUGAGAGGUGUCCCUACUUCGGGUCAGUUGCUUUCAAGGAGAUCUGCCCAGCCGGGCCCGGAUACCACUACUCUUCCUCGGCCAUAAAGUUCAACCAGAGGGUGUUGGAGCAGCUGGGGACUGGAGGUCCCCCGGUCAUAUCCCAAAGCACCCCACAGACCCAGGCUCAGGGAGCAGGUAACGCUCGACUCACCACUCAGCCCAGACCCCAGCAGCCGUCCAGAGGAGCUUCUCUGCCCCAUGAGGGCGGAGCACACACCCCAGCCAGCGCCGUGCCUCAGCUUGGGCCCCGGACACAGACAAACCGGACUCCAGUGAGACCUUCCCCAAUCACGGCUCGCCCACCCAUCACCAGACCAGUUCGGGGUGUGUGUGACGCCAGGCCCCAGGUGUGUGGCCAGGGAAGUUGUGUGGACCUGCCUGCAGGGAGACACACCUGCGUCUGUAACCAGGGAUACCAACUCAACGCUCUGCAAACUCAGUGUCAAGACAUAGACGAGUGCAGGACUUCUCGUCCGCCCUGCGGCAGUGGACGAUGCCAUAACACGGACGGGGGCUACAGAUGCACCUGCCCCUCAGGAUACCAGCCUGGAGCUCAGUCCACCAGCUGUAUAGAUGUGGACGAGUGUCUGUGGACUCCACGCCCCUGUUCUGAGGGGACGUGUGUGAACACAGCAGGUAGCUACAGAUGUGUGUGUUUGCCUGGCUACAGAGCCAACUUCCAGCAGACACUGUGUCAAGAUGUGGAUGAAUGUCGACAGGUUCCAAACCCCUGUUUCAACAGCCGCUGUGAGAACAGCCCUGGAAGCUUCAGGUGUGUCUGCCGCACUGGCUAUAAACUAGAGGGAAACACGUGUACAGACGUCAACGAGUGUGCCGACCCAUUGAGGUGCCCGGGCCAAGCCUGCGUCAACUCCCCAGGGUCAUACAGGUGUAUAUCCUGCCCGCCGGGCUUUGGGAUUCUCAACGAACAGUGUACCGAUAUCGACGAGUGCCGUCAGAACCCCGGGCCUUGCUCCAACGGCCGCUGUGAGAACACCCCGGGCAGCUACAGGUGUGUCUGCGCGGCCGGAUACAAACUCCUGGGACAGACGUGCACAGAUGUGGACGAGUGUGCCGACCCAUUGAGGUGUCCCGGUCAGGCCUGCGCCAACACCCAGGGAUCGUAUAAGUGCGCGUCGUGCCCGGCCGGCUUCGCCGUGGUCAACGGACAGUGCUCCGAUGUGGACGAGUGCGGUCAGAUCCCGGGGCCGUGCACCGACGGCCACUGUGAGAACAGCCAGGGCAGCUACAGCUGCACGUGUCCCGCCGGUUACCGGCUGCAGGGCGACGUCUGCGCCGACGUGGACGAGUGCGCCGACCCGUCCCAGUGCCCCGGGCAGGAGUGCGCGAACACCCGCGGCUCUUACGCCUGCGUGUCCUGCCGGCCGGGCUUCGGGCUGGUCAACAGACGGUGCACAGAUGUGGACGAGUGCCUCCAGAAACCCCCCGUCUGUCCCAGUGGCCGCUGCCAGAACACGGCUGGUAGCUACCAGUGCGCGUGCAGAUCUGGUUACAGGCUACAUGGCGGCAUCUGCACCGAUGUGGACGAGUGUGAAAACGCCCUGCAGUGUCCGGGGCAGGAGUGUGUCAACACUGAGGGCUCCUUUAAAUGUGUGCCCUGCAGGCCAGGUUUUGAGGGUGGACGCGGGGGUUGUCAUGAUAUCGAUGAGUGUCGCCAGACCCCCUUUCCCUGUACCAACGGUCGCUGUGAAAACACUCCCGGCAGCUACCAGUGUGUGUGUCGCUCCGGCUUCAAACUAGAGGACAGCGCGUGUAUUGACAUUAAUGAAUGUGAAGAGCCCUCACAGUGUCCGGGACAGCAGUGUGUGAAUUCUGUCGGCUCCUAUAAAUGCAUUGCCUGCAAAGUUGGCCACAGCCUGCAGAAUGGCGUAUGCUCAGAUGUGGAUGAAUGCCAGGUCCCUGACACCUGUGGUACGGACCGGCUGUGUGUGAACACGGAUGGAUCCUACCGCUGUGACUGCAAACCGGGCUUCAGGACCGGCGGUCACGGGCGCCAAUGUAGAGACAUCAACGAGUGUCUGGAAGGGGACUUCUGCUUCCCCAAGGGAGAGUGUGUGAACACCGUGGGCUCGUACCAGUGUGUGUGUUCACAAGGUUACACCACCAGCAGCAACGGCAGCUCCUGCCUUGAUGUGGAUGAGUGCGCCCGGUUCGGCCAGGGGCUGUGUCCGGAUGGCCGCUGUAUCAACACGGAGGGCUCCUACCAGUGCAAGUGUCAAGUGGGCUUUACCACCAACCCAGAGAAGACGGCGUGUCUGGAUGUGGAUGAGUGUGUGGACUCCAAGGGAGCAGUUUGUGUGUCGCAGCGCUGUGCGAACACCAUCGGUUCCUACCGCUGUUUCACGUCCUGUGAGCCAGGCUACAGGGUCACCCCUAACGGAGAGUGUGUCGAUAUCAAUGAGUGUGCCAACAUGACAGUGUGCGGGGAGAACGCCUUCUGCCAGAACCUCAUUGGAACAUACCAGUGCGUGUGUGACCAGGGCUACACAGCCACCAGUGAUGGGAAGGCGUGUGUAGAUGAAGACGAGUGUGUGACUAUGCAGGAUGUUUGUGGAACAGCGCGCUGUGAAAACGCAGAUGGUUCCUUCACUUGCGAGUGCCCACGGGAGGGGGAGGAGUUUGACACGCGAUCAGGACAGUGUCAGCCAGCUCGUCCCCUGUUUCCUGGCGGGCCCUCUCACUCCGGCCCCCAGCGUCGUCCCGGUGUGCCCCAGGUGUCUCAGCUGCCCCUGGCGCGCCCGGGCGAGUUGCGGGAGUGCUAUUACAACAUGGCGGAGCAAAGGUCGUGCAGUGUGCUGGCGCGCAACGUCACCUGGCAGGAGUGCUGCUGCACUGUGGGUCAGGGCUGGGGUUUGGCCUGCCAGUAUGACCCAUGCCCUCGGGUAGGCACAGCCGAUUACCAGGCGUUGUGUCCCAGCGGCCAUGGAUAUGUGACUGGGCCAGGAGCAUUUAGUUACCGAGACGUGGACGAGUGUAAGCUGUUCCACCCAGAGAUGUGUAAGAGAGGCGUGUGUGUUAACAACAUCCCCGGCUACUCCUGCUACUGCCACAUCGGCUACUACCAUGACACUGAGCUCCUGGAGUGUGUCGAUUUUAACGAGUGUGAUUCGGUGGAGGACAGGUGUCCCGGCGGUGUCUGCGUGAACGUGUUGGGCUCAUACUACUGCAAGUGUGAGCCCCCUCUUGUGUUGGAUGACACUCAGCGCAGCUGCGUCAACUCCACCGUUGGCAUCGGGGAUGAUGAGCUGUCGUUCUGCUGGGAGCAUGUCACGGAUGACCUGGUAUGUCAAAGCCCCCUGCUGAGACUCCGGGCCACCUACACGUUUUGCUGUUGCCUCUACGGGGAGGCCUGGGGUUUGCAGUGUGCCCUUUGUCCCACCAGAGGCUCAGAGGAGUUUGCGACUCUGUGUAACGUGGGCCUGGAGCGUUACGGAUCCGAUCCUGGACCCGGGAGGGGAGGCGGAGGGGGGUACCACGGGCCCUAUGGACCGGACUCCUUCUCCGACCCUGUCCCCCCAAGGCCUGACUAUGAUGACUACACCCCAGCAGGGGCCGGCAGCAGGUCUGGUUUCAGAGGCAGGACCCCCAGCUCCUACACCGUCCCAGAACGGCCCUACAGACCACCCUCGGGAUACAACCCUGAGCGCUACUACGACGAGGACCAGUAUGGCCCACCCGACGCUCCUCAGAGACCCCCAUUACGGACCCUCCCAGACCCUCGGUCCGAGCGUGCCUUUGGUGUGCGACCUCCUCCCCCCAUCCCAGAGGGACUCCCUCUGAGCCUGGCCCCACUUCCAGACAGUGACCCCUACAGCGAUGAGGAGGAGGGGGGCCCAGAACCGUGGCGUGCAGGCCCUCCAUUCUCUGACAGACAAGGGCCUGGCGCUGGUCCAUGGGGAGCCUUUGAGAGACGCUACGAGCCAUACGCCAGCCUGAGCACCGAGGACUGUGGGAUACUGCACGGCUGUGAGAACGGCAGGUGUAUCCGCGUUGCCGAGGGAUACACAUGUGACUGCUUCGAGGGUUACGAGCUGGACAUGACCUCCAUGACCUGCAUAGACAUCAAUGAGUGUCAGGAUCCAGACGACGUGUGUGUGAACGGUCGGUGCGUCAACACAGAUGGCUCCUAUCGCUGUGUGUGUCACCGUGGUUACGUCAUGUCCCGUCGGCCCGGCCACUGUGUGGCGGCAUAGCACUGCUACAGCCAAACGCUGCUUCCCGCUCAACAGUCCCACCUGCUGCUGGGAAAGGGUAUUACAUUAUUAUUAUAACACCAGCGCCCUCCGGUGGCCUUGGCAGGCUCUGUCAGGGUCUCAAUAAAAGUGCCUGUCUAUUUACUGACCUGAGACAACAGUUGAGUGUUGUCAUUUUUUUUUCUCUCUGAAACAACUUUUUAUGUUCUGACACGUAGUUUCUGAGAGCGGUUUGACUCCAUAGAACUCUGAUAGUAAUAUGUUGUGUAGCCCAGUACAGCACAUAGUCAGUACACAUUCUGUACACGGUAGAUCCAGGGGACUACAACUCCACUCACACCUUUCAGACUGCAUUUUGCAAGCAGCUACAUCAUGUCCUUUAACCAAGAUGGCUUUUGAAGGUGUUGGUAUUUAUGGUUGAUAUGAAAAACAGAAUGAACACACAUUGUGUUGAAUCUAUAUGAAAUCUCCCAUUGGGAUUGCUUACUUUGAGCUCAGUGCAGAUCUAAUCAUGUUCUGUGCUUGAGGCAGACAGGAUAAAGUGAACGGGGCUGAGCUCUAGGGGCCGGUGUAGUCUCUAAGACGAGUGUGACAUGCUACCGUUUCAGACCAGAUGAGCAGAGCCUUUUUCCAAGACAUAAUCUCUGUCUACGGGAUGUUGUGUUAAUGAAAGCUCUCUUCGGUUGGAAUGUACAAAGACCACAGCAAAAUCACCACAUCACUGAACCAAAUUUGUAUUCCUCUAAAAUGCCAGUGACUUUUAUUUUCAACCUUUUUUUUUUUUACUUUCAACCCCAUUGAUGUUAUGAUUGCUUGUUAUAUUAAUUUAUGCUGUUCCAUGUUAAGUUACUCUUUAUAUAAUAAUAGCUAAUAUUAUUUUAUAGAAAUACACAAUAUAUGGAAGAGGAAACUAGCCUGACGUGUCUGUACAUUUAUUUCUUUGACUUUUGUAACACUUUGAUAUUGAAAAUUAUGACAAUGCCCUUUUUAUGGAUGAGCUGUUUAAAAGAAAUACCAGAUUUUUUGCCUGUUCUUCAUGUGAGGUGGACCCUUUGGCCUGUAUUGGAAUGUCAAAAACGUAAACUGAUUGUAAUGGACCAAUGACUCUUCGUUUGAGUACAGGGGCGGGCACUACACUGUCCAAUCAGCCAAUAAGGGCUGUGUAUGUAAAUAUCUUCACAUUUGUUUUCUAGCACCCAUAUGAUCAAACUGAGCAUUUUAACUGUCAAGUCAGCUCGAAUAAGUGAUUAUUUGGGAGUUUUUGUCAUUAAAUAAGCACAUAUUGAAUCACAUAACGUGAUUAUUAAAAAAAGAAAAAAAUACAAAGACUACAUGUGGUCUUUAAAGCUGACUUUGCAUUUGCCAUUUGUUUUUUGGGUGAUUAAUACACGUGAUCAGUAUACACUCAGUGACAACAUACAGUGUUCAUAUUUACAUUAAACUUUUUUCUUUUCCUUUUUUCUCUCCACAAUGUAUCACCAAAAGGUAUCUAUUUCAGCAAGACAUCGAUGGUAUCUUCUGUCACUGUUCACAAAUCCUUUUGUUGUUUGUGAGUUGAAAAAAACCCCAAAAUAAUGUUCUAAUUUGAGCACCUAAAGAUGUAAAACACUAUGCACUGUUUAGGUAGAUAACCUGGCCGUUUUCUACUUCUUACACAAGCCUUUGUAAAUGUUUACAGUGUGUAUCUGGUAUUUGCAUUCAUUUUUGUAUCGCUGUUUUUAUGAAAACAAUAUAUUUGCACACACUCCAUUCCAAGUGUUUUUAUUUGUCUGACUGUUUUGAGCCAAGGCACUUAUGCCAUGUACACUUUUACUUUACUCGAUAGUUAGGAAGUAGUUAGCGAUCUGAUGCUGUUUGGGGACGUAUAAACG